AAAAAGUUACAAUAAAAGUGAACUCAGCCCCAAGUGUUGUUAUAGCUAGGCUUCCUUUAAGUCCAGGUGAAGAACUACCCCUUUUUUUCCUUCUCAUACUUAUGAUUCAGCAUUUUAGAGCAUUUCCAUUUAUUUAAAUGAUCUUUCUUGCAUUGUAUGUUUUAGUCAUUUUAAUAGGCUGUUUUGUUGUUGUUGUUGUUGUUUUAAAAAAAAAAUAUAUCUCUUUGCUCUUUGUUUUUAAAAGUGCGCGGUCUUGUAAAUAAUAAGGAUUAUUGUAUUGUAUGUAAUAAUUGUAAGUUACGCGGGCUACGUGUAUUGUAUUACCCUGUUGUCAUGUGUGUUUGACUCUUUGACGUUUUUGUUGGUACGUCCCGGGCCGCGUCGUCGUAGUGGUACAGCCCACUUCUCGCGCGGAGGAGGCGUGCAAGCUUUCAUCCACAGUUAGGUCCGCACGAGGACGACACGGUCGGGUCCAGUCCAGUCCACGGAGCCAUGGAGCCGCUGUACGGACUUUUAACAACACUCCUCGUCGUUUACGGACUCGCCGCAGACGUGAGCAGUAACCUGGUGGUGGUGCUCCCUGAGAAAGUGAACGCAGUGCAGGGCAAGAAGAUCACGCUGAGCUGUAGGAUUGAGGCAGUACCUGACCUCAAACUCAUCCAGUGCUCCUGGGAGCGCCAACUCCCUUCAGGCAAGGAGAUCAUGGCGGUGUUCCACUCGGAGUACGGGACGUCCAUCCCGGCUGAGUUGGCCAAUCGCGUCUCAUUCGUUACCGCCUCGGCCCAAGAUGUCAGCAUCACCCUGGACGUCGUGAACCUUGCAGAUAUCGGCUCAUACACCUGCAAAGUGUCCACUUUCCCGCUGGGAAAUGCCCAAGCGUCCACGUAUGUCAAUGUAUUAGUGGAGCCCAAGGUGUACGUGUCGGCCGGGCCCGCCGCCCUGCUGGAAGGCGAGAGCGAGUCUCUGGUGGCCACUUGCAUCGCCGAGCGCGGCCGCCCUGCCGCCGAAGUCUCCUGGGAGACGGAGCUGCGCGGCCGCGAGGAGACGCAGAGUCACGACGAGCCCGACGGCACGGCUAGCGUGCACGUACGCUACAUGUGGGAGCCGCACAGCUCCGCCCAGGGCAAGACGCUCACCUGCGUGGUGCGCCACCCCGCACUGCAGACCGAGUUCCGCAUACCCUACACGCUCAAUAUUCAGUUUGCACCGAUGGUCUUCAUAAAGGGGGGGGAGAAAAACUGGUAUGCCGGACAAACCGAUGUGACGAUCAUUUGUGGCGCGCAGGCCAAUCCCCCCGUCCGGGAGUAUACGUGGGUCAGGUUGGAUGGACAAAUGCCGGAGAACGUUAAUAUUGUUACCAACCGGUUCGCUUUCACGCGCCCGUUGGAGCUCAACGACUCGGGCGUGUACCGCUGCGAAGCCACCAAUGACGUUGGCGUGCGCAGCCACGACUUGUCCAUCUGGGUGCAAGAACCCCCCUCCACCACGGCCGCCCCCGUCCCCACCACCUCCGACGGGCCGCCCCACGUCCCCGGCACGGCGCGCUCCCCGUUCACCUCGCCCACGCUGGCCCCCGUGCGGGACGCCACGCUGGGCGCGGUGGUGGGCGGCGCGGUGGGCGGCGGCGUCCUGCUGAUCCUGGCGCUGGUCGCCGCCGGCUUCUGUUUCAUGCGCAAGCGCCUCACCUUCCGGGGCGACUACUACACCAAGCAGUACCUGGGCCCCUCGGACAUGCAGAAGGAGUCGCAGCUGGACGUCCUGCAGCCGCACGAGCUCCAGGAGGUGUACGGAGACAAGGCCGACAACGGCAGCCAGGAGCUCAAGCCCAAACUCUCCGGGGACGUCAUUUACCCCGACUACACGGGCGGGGACCGGGGCGGCGACGACUGGGCCGACCGGGAGGGCGACUACUACCCCGAUCGCUGCCGCGGCCAGAACACGCACCACCCGUGCGGGCCGCCCGUGGUCAACAACGGCUCGCCUUACCUCCCCGAGGACUGCUACAACAACUGCGCCGACGGUGACUACGUGUCGCACACGGACGGCUCGGUCAUCUCGCGGCGGGAGUGGUACGUCUGAGCAAACGGGGAAACCGCUUUACCUUCUGGAAGAGGCCGGGACGCCUCCGCCGUGAUGUGAUUGGCCAACAUUUGGCCUGUUGAAAGCAUCGAGUAUCAGAAACGCUCUCAAAGGGAACGUCAGGAAAAAAAGGGGAACGAGGGUUUCCUUACACUUCUACACACUACUGAGAUGUGUUUAACUGUCGCACAAAUGUCAAAGCGUGACCUAGCGGGGGAGACCCCCGUGGUUAGCUUGUCCCACUCACCCAGCCUCCACCCCCAACACCACCCACGCCCUCCAUUUUAUGUGGCCCGCAAAUGUUCCUGUUCAAAACUGGACAUGAAAAUGCAGGGGCGGUUAUGUACAGUAGGGAUGGGCGAGUACCGUUCCGAGGUAACGGGUACUCGGGAAGGCUGCUGAUACCAGCCACCGAUACUUAAAAGGAAAAAGAAGCUGACAUUCUGUCCUCCUCACCAGUAGUUGGCGCUACACUGCGGCGGUUCGACACAUCGGCGAAUAAGCAUUUGUGUCAAAGAAAGAAACGUCUUUGUUCUCAGUUAUAUGUCCCGUAUAUGAGUUAGUUUAAAUUUUAUGUAACAAAAGUACCAGUGGUAUCGGUAAUUGGUAACGGUGUGCACUUAAAAGUGAAUACUCGUACUGGUAUCGGUCUAAAACAGUGUGAUUGAACAUCCCUAAUGUACAGCUUUCUGAAGGGUUCCACAAGCACUGUCCCAAUGGGAAAUUGGUGUCAAGGAAGUAAGUUAAAUUGACAAAAGCUCGGAAAAGUCUGGAAAAAUAACCACUCUGAAAAAUCUACGCAACGGCAGCAACCAAGUAUUUAUACUCGGUUGCCACCAUUCCCGCGAGGUGGCUCCGGCGAUGAAAACGACACUGUCCUACGCCUUCUCCCGUUUCACACGCUAGUGGAUUUUUUUUCGUGGAUUUUUGUUGUUGUUGAUGACCGCAGCACGUCUGCCUACUGGUUAGCGCGUCUGCUUGAAAGUUCUGUGGUUCCGUGUUUGAAUCUGGGCUCCGGCCUUUCUGUAUGCAGUUUGCAUGUUGUUGUUUUUUUCUCCCACAUCCCAAAAACAUUCAGCUUGGUUGAAGACUAGGCUGCCUGUGCGCACGCGAGUGUGAACUGAUAAUGUGGCCUGCAAUUGGCUGCAGACCAGUCCAGUGUUACCCCAGUUCUCUCACCAAAAGUCAGCCGGUAUAGGACAAGAAACUGCAGAAACUCGAAGGAAGUUUGUUUCAUCAAUUUUCGGCGUUGCAAAUGUCUGUUGUGGUUCUCGAAGCGCCGUAGCGGCCGCGUCGAUCGUCCGGGGGAAAAAAAAAAAACAGGAAAAACUUUGCCUUGAGGCGGACGACGAGAACAUCUUAGCGGAAACAUUGUUAGCCGCUGACAUCACCGGCCGUCGCACAAAAGCUCGGCUGCGCCCGCUCAUCACGGAAAAAAAAAAGCGCAAGAAAUGUGAUCUGCCGAGAGCGAGGGGAAGAAAAGUCCAAAAAGAUGGAGACGUUCUCUCUCUCUCUCUCUCUCUCGUGCGUGCAGUCCACACAAACGCGGCGACGUCAUCACUUGGAGCGCACACCAACUUGCACUUUUCCUCCAACAUCAAAGACGACUUGAAAAAUACAGUGGUGCCUUGACUUUUGAAGAAUUCAACUCUAAUCCUAAAAGAAGUUUACGCUUUCCUUGAGCCUUAAUGCUAACAAUGUAAAAUGCCACAGGUGAGCUAACAAAUAGCAUUGAUAGUUGCGGUGUUACAAUGCUGUACACCAGUGUUCCCCAUCCUUCUUUGCACCGCGGACCGGUUAGCAGUCGGCAUUUUUUCUUCACGGACCGGCUGUGGUGGCGUGCGCGCAUAUAUAUAUAUAUAUAUUAUAUAUAUAUAUAUAUAUAUAUUAUAUAUAUAUCCGCUUUACCACUUAUCCUCACUGGGGUCGCGGGCUGCUGGAGCCUAUCCCAGCUAUCUUGGGACAGGAGGCGGGGCGGGGUACCCCUGAACUGGUCGCCAGGCAAUCGCAGUAUGUGUGUGUAUAUAUAUAUACACACGCACACGUAUGUAUAUAGCGGCACGGUGCACGACUGGUUAGAGCGUCUGCCUCACAGUUCUGAGGUCCGGGGUUCAAUCCCCAGCCCAGCCUGUGUGGAGUUUGCAUGUUCUCCCCGUGCCUGUGUGGGUUUUGUCCGGGCACUCCGGUUUCCUCCGACAUGCCAAAAACAUGUAUGGUAGGUAAAUUGAAGACUCUAAAUUGCCCGUGGGGGGGGGGAAUGUGAGUGCAAAUGGUUUUUGAUUGUAUGUGCCCUGCGAUUGGCUGGCAACCAGUUCAGGGUGUACCCCGCCUCCUGCCCGAUGAUAGCUGGGAUAGGCUCCAGCACGCCCGCGACCCCAGUGAGGAGAAGCGGCUCAGAAAAUGGAUGGAUGGAUGGAUGGAUAUAUACGCAGUAUGUAUGUAUGUGUGUGUAUGUAUGUAUGUGUAUGUAUGUAUGGAUAUAUACACACACACACACACACACACGUCCACUGCGGGCGAGAUGCAGGAGUGGGGCUCGGAGUUAUUGUUGGCAGCCAGACCAGAUUGCAUUUCCAUAGCUCCUCAAUGAGAGUAGACUAACUCCAUAAAAGUAGUUCUGCCUGUGUCGAGCAGCAACCUACGACUGUAUCUGUAUCAGGGCGGACGUGGUGCGUGAGAGUUAACUGUUGCGAUAAACCCGUAUUUUAAGUAGGACUCCUCAUAUAGUGUUGUUUCGUUCGCAAACGUUUAGUUCAAAAGAACAAAUCUUUUCAGUAAACGUAAUGAGCUGAAUUAGUUUAUGAAAUGAUUUGGUUCUUUGAGCUCUGCCGCCGUUAGCCAGCCCGCUCAGACCGGAAACUGAAGCGUUCUGUCCACGCUACCUGUCAAUUGCAACGCGCAGCUGUUCCGGUCAAUUUAAAAAAAUAAUUAAAAAAACACAUUGACACGCGAAUUGCAAUGUAACAGAAAUGAUAUAAAUUGGUCAUUCUUUCUCUGUGGCCCGAUAACGAAUGCCUCACGGCCCGAUACCGGUCCGUGUACCGGUGGUUGGGGACCGCUGCUGUACAUGACGUAGUUGAACACAAUCAGUGCAGCAACACAUGUACACAGACAAACUAAAUAUACUCACAGGCAUAUAUUUAUCCUGUGCGCGAAACGAUUAUUUUUGGAGUUUACUGAGUCACUUCCAGUAGUUGUGGAAGUCCUCGUUUGUGUCUGCAUGACGACUGUGCUGCCUCCCGGUGGACAAGUUGCACACACCAGAAGGAGCCGCUAUGAAGUAAUGAUGCACAUUCUUGAUUCUUUACGUUAUUUUGAAUUAAGUUAUUAUUGUAUGUUUUUCUAAAAUACAAUAUCACCGAAUGCUAAUUUCCUUUUUUUUUUUUUAAUUUGUAUUUCUUUUAUUUUUUGUGGGGGGUGGAUGAGGGAGACUGGAACAGAUUAAUGGCAAUUCCAUUCACUUCAGUUGGAAAAUAUGAUCUGAGAAACGGCUGUUUUGAGUUAGGAGCAUGGUCGUGGAAUAAAUUAAACUAGUAUCAAGGUACCACUGAAUUAACCCAAAAUACACAAAAAUGAAACAAAGUCCGGAGAACUGCCUGCGUUCCCACCACACUACGAAAUGUGGACCUGUGUUAAGCUGAAUUAAGCGAUGAAUUAUUCACUCCAACAUGAGCGAUGAAGGCAUUCGGACGGAGGGAGCGCGUGCUGCAACGCGUCGCCGCCUCGUCGGGGUUUUCUGCGUUGCCGCUUGCGGGCGCAUCGUGACCCCGCCCUCGCUGAGAAUAAACCGCUUUAAUGUCAAAAACGCGCGCGCACGCGGACAGAAGUGCCGGCCGCCGCCGCCGCCGCAUCGGGGGAGCGGCCCUCGCCUCAAAUCUCCCAACUUUAAUUUCGCCUCUCGCUAAAUCUGUCAUUUGCGGCACAUCUGAACUUGAAUCAUCGUCGCCUGCUGAAAUCGGGGGUGGUUUGGCUUCCAGCGAGUUAAGAGGUGGAGGAGGGGGCGACACGCUGGAAAGAGAAAAGUUGAAUUUGGUGGAGGGGAAAACACUUUUAGUGAGAACGAAAGUCAUUGUUUUGGAUUAAAGCAAAGAUUUUUUUCAAGAUCAUUUUUCUUCCCUAGAUAGUCAUUAAUUCAAGUCUUUUUUUAAAAAGAUAAAAGUACUUUAACCAUGGAGGAUUAUUUUUUUUUAAUAUUGAAAAAGUGUGACACUUGUAACAUUACAACUGUUUUCUAGAAAAAGACAUUUUCGCCCAACCAGUCAACAUGUGGGCAGCCGAGGCGUGGAGGGGGUCCGCUUUGACGCGAUCAGUAUCGUGUCGCUGCUUUUUGCAGAUGAUGUGGUUCUGCUGGCUUCAUCGGGCCGUGAUCGCCAACUCUCGCUGGAGCAGUUCCCAGCCGAGUUUGAAGCGGUUGGGAGAGACCGCGGUCCUCAGUCGGAAAAGGGCGACGUGCCCUCUCCGGGUCCCUUGUGAUAAAGGAGGAGAGAAGGCGAAGCUCUCGAUUUACCGGUCGAUCUCCGUUCAAGACCGAAAGAUCGUGUCCGGGCUCGCCUGAGAGAGAAGGUGACAAGCUCGAUCACCCGGGAGGAUCUCAGAGUAGAGCCGCUGCUCCUCCGCAUCGAGAGGAGCCGGAUGAGGUGGCCGGGGCAUCUGAUUGGGAUGCCUCCCGGACGCCUCCCCGGUGAGGUGUUCCGGGAACGUCUCACCGGGAGGAGACCCCGGGGACGACCCAGGACACGCUGGAGACGCUACGUCCUUCGGCUGGCCUGGGAACGCCCCCAAAUUAAGACUUUAUUACCUAAAAAAAAUAAAAUAAAUAAAAAACAUUCUUUUGCUGAAAAUCUCAAUUUUUUUUCUCCCAGAGAGAACUACAGUUUUGGGCAACUUUGUUGUGUAAAUCAAUUUUUCAUUUCACUCUUGUCUUUCCUGAUAACGACGUGUCCUAAAUUCCUGAAAAAGAACAUUUUGUUUUGGAUAUGAUGAGAGUUCUGACUUUUCCAAGCUUCUCCUCUUCAACUCCAUGAAGUUUAUUUAUUCCCCACCGUCAUUUUGUGUUGUACAUAGCGCUAAGGUAUUAGCUUAGCAUCAGCUGUUGUCGCUGACGAGACGGUGCCUUACGACGCGUUUGAUUUCAUGUAAGCAAAACGGGACUAAAGUUUGUCAGGCUUUUUCGCAUUUUGUAAACGGACGCGUGAAACUCGUUAGCGAGCGAGCGAGAAUCUGAGGAAAUAUUGUUUUGUACAUAGGCUGGCCAUUUUUCUAUUGUUCAAUAAAAAAGGAAUUGUUUUUCUAUGUUAAUAUUGAAAAGUUGAGAUGUGUUUUUUGGUUUGCUGUCGACCGGUGCUUCGGUACGGAAACUGAAGCGGAGAUGAAUGUGUGUCACCAUUGGACUUUUGGUUUUGUUUGUGUUCCAUUGUUUGCAAUAAAAGUUUUGGAGAUUCUGGCCCCCCCCCCG